UGAAAGGUGUGCAGCAUAUGUCAUGGUCUACAAUGUUUACCUAGGUUUUUACAAAAAAAGCUCUAUUUUUAUCUGGAUAUUUAAAUAAGCCUUUUAGGCUCUCACGACGGUAUUUGUUAAAUAAAGCAUGCUAAAGUUUAUCAGACUUCAUUAUGCCGCUCGUCCCAGCUAACCAGCCGCAGCUCAUCCGCUCCUCUCAGAAGGACGAGUUUUAUCAAAGCAGUCUUAGAAAUCACGCUAACGAGGCUUUCCAAACACUUGCCGGAUCAAGACUAUGGCUGCAGUGGAGGAAAGAAGUGGAACUCCUAUCAGAUCUUGCCUAUUAUGCCCUAACCACCAUCUCAGGAUAUCAGACAUUAGGCGAAGAAUAUGUUGAUGUCAUCCAGGUCGACCCCACCAAACGCAGGAUUCCUUCCCGGACACGCAGGCUGGCUCUUGUUCUGCUUCACACUGUUGUCCCAUAUCUCCUGGAUAAAGUCCUGGUCUGUCUAGAACAUGAGUUGGAGAUGGAGGAAUGGGAUUCCCGGGACGCCCAGCGAGACAUGGUGUUAACCUGGAACCCGAUGUCGUAUAUUAAGGCAUGGAUCCAGAGGAUGGUCAGGAUGCUAAAUAGCCAGCAGAGGAAAUCCUUAAAGCCUGUGGUGUUUGCGGUACAGCAAGGAAUCACCAUCUUGCACAGGGUCCAUGUGGCUCUAUUCUACAUCAAUGGUGUUUUUUAUCAUCUGGCCAAAAGGACAUCAGGGAUUAGCUAUCUCCGAGUACAGGGCAUGGCAAUGGAUGAUAAAGGCAUCCGGACCAGCUACCGAAUUUUAGGGUGUGUGUCACUGGUGCAACUGGCCAUCACACUCGCUCUGCAGUUCAACAACCUGAGACAGAGACAGCGUGCCAGGCAGGAGUGGACACAGCACAGAAAUCUGCCCACAAGCCCACAGAAUACUUCAUCCUCUCGAGCUUCUCGCUGUAUCCUGUGUUUAGAGGAGCGGAGACACUCUACAACAACCCCCUGUGGACAUCUUUUCUGCUGGGAGUGUAUUACGGAAUGGUGUAACACUAAGACUGAGUGCCCGCUGUGUCGUGAGAAAUUUCAGCCUCAUCGCCUGGUUUAUCUGAGAAGUUACAAAUAGAUGACGGGAUUUUUCACAAGAACCAGAACAAAGUCUUCCUUCCGAUGAAGCCAGAGAUGCGAGUGUGUGUGUGUGUGUGUGGACCACACUUGCACUUGACAAACCGCACAGACAAACGGAUUACUUUGGAAUUUGUAUUGUUUGUUUCCUCUGAACUGAUGGCCCAUUGGUUUGAUUACUGAUUGAGUAUGGGAAUAAAGUAAAGAGCUACGGAUGUCUAGGAGUGCAGCUGUAAGAAAUGAAAUGAGAAGUAUUAAAUAAUUUAUUGAUCAUGUUUGCAUUCAUAAACAGCUUCAUCUGGCUGGUGGUGUUGAUAUUUGCAAAUGACUUUAGAAUUUAAUUAUAACGUUUAAUUGAGUUUGUCCCAUUAAAGGAUGAUUAUUUCUCAUUUGAAAUAUAAUCUUAAUGCUUUUGAA